CUUUUUCUUGAAGGCGUGGGGGCUUCAUUUAUCUUCUUCGGUUUUUCCUCUUUUGAGGAUUGCGACACCAAAACUAACCCAUCUUCCCAAAUCAGGAAACUCCAUUCUCUUUCUGGGAUUUCUCUAGAAAAGCCAAAAAAAAAAACCUUUUUUUCUUCAUGGAAGUCUCUUCAGAUAAUGAACGCCUUUAUUUUGGGAAGAUGGGAUAUGGAUGCCAACAUUAUAGGAGGAGAUGUAAGAUUCGAGCUCCAUGUUGCAACGAGGUUUUCUCUUGUCGCCAUUGCCAUAACGAGGCUGCGAGCAUGUUAAGCAACCCCUUUGAUAGGCACGAGCUUGUUCGACAAGAUGUUAAACAAGUUAUUUGCUCGGUUUGUGACAUGGAGCAGCCGGUUGCUAAACUUUGUUCAAAUUGUGGCGUCAAUAUGGGAGAGUAUUUCUGUGAAAUUUGCAAGUUCUUUGAUGAUGAUACUGAGAAAGGGCAAUUUCAUUGUCAUGAUUGUGGGAUCUGCAGAGUUGGUGGUCAAGAGAACUUUUUUCACUGCAAGAAGUGCGGGUCUUGCUAUUCCAUUGCUCUGCGGGAUAAUCAUUUGUGUGUGGAGAACUCAAUGCGGCAUCACUGCCCCAUAUGCUAUGAGUACCUUUUCGAUUCGUUGAAAGAUACCACCGUGAUGAAAUGUGGUCACACAAUGCACUAUGAAUGUUACCAUGAGAUGAUAAACCGUGACAAAUAUUGUUGUCCCAUAUGCUCAAAGUCAGUAAUUGAUAUGUCUAGAACCUGGAAGAGGAUAGAUGAAGAGAUUGAAGAAACUGUAAUGCCUGAGGAUUACCGGUAUAGGAAGGUUUGGAUCCUAUGCAAUGACUGCAAUGACACUACAGAAGUUUACUUCCACAUAAUAGGACAUAAAUGUAAUCAAUGUAAAUCAUAUAAUACCCGCACAAUUGCCCCUCCAGUUAUCCCUCAAUGACAAGAUCAUGAUCCAAGGCAUCUAAGCAUAAAGCAAAAAAGAGGAAUUCUUGAUUGCAUGUUCAAACAUUUUAGUUUGUAUUACUGGAUCGAUUAUGUACUACUGUAUAAUGAUCCGAAUGACAAUAGCAUUUUUAUGUCUUUCGCAUAAAC